AUGAAAAUUAAAGUGUCGAUUAAGCACUUUAGCGGCUUAAGUAACCCAAUCGCGUGCGAGGCUGUACGUGUGACGUCACCCUCCUUAGUAACCCUCAGUGGCGGCGGCGUCUCCACGACACAAGACAACAAGAUGGGAUUGCUCUCAAUCCUGCGCAAGCUGAAGAGCACACCUGACCAGGAGGUCCGAAUACUGCUGUUGGGGUUGGACAACGGUGGAAAAACCACUUUGCUUAAGCAGUUGGCGUCCGAGGACAUCAGCCACAUCACUCCCACUCAAGGCUUCAACAUCAAGAGCGUCCAGUCGCAAGGUUUCAAGCUCAACGUUUGGGACAUCGGCGGCCAGAGGAAGAUCAGGCCUUACUGGAGGAACUACUUUGAAAACACCGACAUGCUCAUUUAUGUCAUCGACAGCGCUGACAGGAAGAGAUUUGAGGAGACGGGUCAGGAGCUGGCCGAGCUACUGGACGAAGAGAAACUGAGCGGCGUCCCCGUGCUCAUCUUCGCCAACAAGCAGGACCUGCUGACGGCGGCGCCGGCCUCCGAGAUCGCCGAGGGCCUCAACUUGCACACCAUCCGCGACCGCAUCUGGCAAAUCCAGUCGUGUUCCGCCCUCACCGGCGAGGGAAUCCAGGAAGGAAUGAACUGGGUGUGCAAGAGCGUCAACUCCAAGAAAAAGUAG